AAGUUUUCAAUGAAUCUAAUCUCAGCAGAUCUCCAGUGGCUGAAGUGGGAAAUGUUGAAAGGCUUAACGAGUUUCUUUGCUGCUGAAGUGGCACCUUGGGUCUAAAAGGGUAGGAUGACAAUGAAUACCAGGAAUCGGGUUUGAGAGAAGGAUUUUGAGGCAUACGUGACAAAUUGAACUUGCUUAAAAUCCUUGACUUGGGUUUUUCUAGAGCUGGAAGAAUCUGUAUAUCCUUGGGCAACAAGAAUAUGUCGUCAGAUAAGAAAGAAGAGAAAGGUGCCCAGGAUGCGGCAGAAAGAAUUAAGGCUGCAGCUUUGACAGCUGCAAAAGGCCUUAGCCGUGCUCAGGCUGAGCGAGCUGCUGCUGCUGCUGCCCGAAAUGUGAAUGCGUACGGGCAGAAGGAAGAAGGGCCCAGUAGAUGGCAGGAGAGGAAGGAGGCCAAGCGACAGAUGUAUUUGAUGAGUACUGAAAAACAAGUAAGAUUGGGUGAAAGAAAAGACCUCAGGCCUUCAAUGUCUACCACAGGUGGUACAGCUUCGCAAUGCCAAAAGUGUUUUCAAACUGGGCACUGGACUUACGAGUGCAAGAACGAGCGGGUGUACAUUUCACGACCCUCUCGCACCCAGCAACUCAAAAAUCCAAAAUUGAGGAUGAAGUUGUCAACCUCCUAUGAGUUGGAUAACCCAGAUAUUCCUCAGGAGUCGAAGGGUGAUAAGCAUGCAAAGCGUGAGAAGAGUGCAAAGAAAAGCAAAAGGAAGCAUAGGUCAGAUACUGAGUCGAAUAGUGAUAGUGAGUCUGAUAGUGCUACCUCAUCAGUUACCGGAUCUUCUUCAGGUGAGGGUGAUUUGAGUUACGGUUCAUCCUCUGAUUCGGAGGAAGAGAGGAAGAGGAGGAGGAGGAGGAGGAGGAAUAAGCAGCAGCAGAAGAAGAGGCGGCAACGGAAAUACUCUGAGUCUUCUGAUUCAGAUUCCGAUUCUGAAUCUGAUUCUGAAGAUAGGAGCAGCCGGAAGAAGGGCAGGAGGCAUAGCAGAAGGCGCUGAAAAGGCAGUACGAAGAAGGAAAAACAAAAAAGAAAAAGUGCAGCCUAUUAGGCAUUGUCUGUAGUUGUGUGUUUCCGACUAUGGCAUUGUCUUGCAAGUCUAUUAGGCCAUGUAAUAUGAAAAUCUCUAGAUAAAAGGUUUUGGACGUUUUGAAAGACAGGUCUUCUUAAAAUAAUUGUGGUAUACAUUAUUAUUAUUAUUAUUUUUAUAUUAAUAGUACUAGUUCUAAUUUUGACAGUUA